CAGAACUAUGCGUGAAAGCCAUGAACAGUUUGGCGAGCUCGGGCCUGAUAACUAUGGAUGAUGCCAGCUGCAUAGAAUCCACAGAAGCUGGCCGCUUGAUGUCCCUGUUUUAUAUGGACGUGGAAACCAUGAAGAACAUUAUGAAGAUCAAAGGGUCAGAAACACUCGAACGCCUGUUGUGUAUCGUCUGCGAAAGCCACGAACUGGCGGACAUGCAUCUCCGCGUAGACGAGCGGAGGUGCCUUAAUCUACUAAACAGGAACAACAAGGCAGCAACAAUCAGAUUCCCAAUGAAGGGAAAAAUAAGUACUAGACAAAUGAAGCUGAAUUGCAUCAUCCAGGCUACUUUAGGAUGUCUGCCCAUCCCCGAACCAGCAUUGAACCAAGAAGCUCUAAAAGUCAUGAGAACGGCAUCCAGGGUCUGCAAAUGUUUAGUGAAAUACGUAACACGUCCAGAACUACCCCCACAACCUCAGACCUUCUCAGCCGUGUUGAACUCGAUCGUCCUAUCGAAAUGUAUCGAGGCACAUCUAUGGGAGAAUUCUCCAUACGUCAGCAAGCAGCUGAAAGGCAUUGGGCCUACGUUCAGUACGCUACUAGCCAGUGCUGGGGUUACCAGCUUUAUGGUGCUAGAGGAAAGUCACCCUAGGGACUUGGAAAGGAUAAUGAACAAAGGCCCACCAGCCGGAAACCUAAUACGAAAGCAAGUCAGCCUCCUACCGAAAUAUCAAUUAACCGUAACACCAAUCGACGCCCGAUCAGUAACCGUUCAACUGAUGCUGCUAAAUCACAAUCAUCUGUCUGAGAACAUGGAUCAGCUUACUGCGGGGGACAGCCAUAAGAGUUACUUGAUCGUUGGGGAUUCGGAAAAUUAUCUGUUGUUGCUGACUCAAUUCACUGAUAAAGACUUCAUAAGCGUCUAUGAUGGAACAAUGAAAUACGAAGUUACAAGAAAACUCCAAAGUGAACAUAAAAUAUGGAUCCACUGCGUGAGUUCUGUCAUAGUUGGCAUCGACGUGCAAGCUGAUUAUUUAUUUCUUGAUUUGGAACCGCAAGCACCACCUGAAAUUGGCCAUGCUCCUUGGUCUAAUUCAAACACACCCAGGCCAAAUAUAACAACAAAGCAAACUGCCAUCACAGAUGUAUACAAAGAACGAAAGCGAAAGAACGAUUCUGACAUUACGCAAUGUAAAGAAAAAAAGAAACGUGAAUAUACUUUGACACAGAAACUGAAAGCACUAAAAGAGUCCUUUAGUAAAACUUCAAAGACGUUAAAAACGGAUAUAGAUAAAUCAGUAGAAAUAUCGAACAAAGUUAUACAUGACUUGCUGGAUGGCAGAAAUAGGCCCCCAUUACCAGAGAAUAACCAAGUAAUCACUGAAGCGGCUGAUGAAUUUCCUGCAGUUGAUCUCACAAAAGGCAUUAUAGAUGUAAUAGAUGACUCAAAUAAUAGACCCCGAUUUUCAGAAAACAGUCUCGUAGAGGAGUAUCCAACUGUAGAUCUCACUAAAAAUGUAGCAGCCGACAAAUUUGAAGAAUUUACAAGUAAUGAUAACUAUGACUACAUAGAUGAUUUACAGAUUGACAGUUUAUUGAGCAAGAUAGAAUCUGAAAUUUCAGCAAAUGAUCCUAUCUCUAACAAUAUGCAAUAUAAUAAUGACCCCGAUACUAAUGUUUCAAAGCAGCCUAAUGUGCAUUUUAAUGAGAGACCAAUGCCAGAAGCUCAAAAAGUUGAACUCAAAUAUAUAAUAAGGAAUAUGAAUAACACACAACGUUUGACAAAUAAAUCCAGCCGAUGUGCUAGAGACAUCAAUAAACGUAAAAAUUUAAAAUCCAAUUUCAGUGUCAUAGAUUUAAUAGAAAAGAAAGCGAACACUGCCGAUGACAACAUUGAAAAUCAUUCUGACAAAAGCAUUGAUAGUGGAUUUUCAGAUGCAAUUAAAUCUCAAAUAAAUAAAUUCUUACAGCGGGCACAAAAUACAACUAAACCUAAAAUACCAGUAAUAGAUGAACUGCUUGAUAAUUCAAUGGCCGAAGAUCUACCAGAAGUAUUUGUCGACGGUAAUAGAAAAGAAACUACUAACACUCCUUGCAGCAAAACAAACAACAAGAUACAAUGUAGCGUAAUCAAAAUACAGGUUAAAGAUAUGCCGCAAGACGAUAAAUAUGAACAACCUAAUGUAAAUGAUGAAAACUAUGACAUUGAUGAAAAUCUCGACUUGCCAGAAGUAAAUUUAAAGAUUGUACAAUUUAUAGAAUCCAAUCAAUAUGAACGAAAAUAUGAUCAAACCUUCGAAGGUUUCGACAAUAGAACUGUAGAAUAUGACAAAAUGGAUAUGAGUGACAAUCUACAAGAAACUAAUAAGCCUGACGAUAGGAAUGAUUUUAACGCAAUAUAUCCAACUGUGCCGCUAAAUACUAACUUAAAACAAAGGCCUAUUACAAACCAACACCUUGCGCUUAAUUUCAACACUACGAGAGAUAACAGCAUACCAGUCAAUCCAUUGCAAACAACGAAAAUGAAUGAAUCAAAAGAAGAAAAUGUUAAUAUAAACCCUGUGCUAACUUUAGAAUUGAACCAAUAUGCAGAAAACCAAGCACAUACUAUUGGUUUAAUUGAAUCUGAUGGAAAAAGUAUUACAUUUAACAAAAUGGACAUACAAGAAAUCAAAACAAAUGAGGAAAGAAAAGGUUACGAUCAAGGCCUAGAUAUGAUUACGCCGUUAUGUACAAACUUGGCACUCAGUCCAGUAACACAUCACAAUACUCCUUCUAAUAGACGAGAUAUGACUGAUAAAUAUGAACAACCGAAUGAUGAUGACGUCAUAGUGAUCAAUAAACCUGAUAUAAAUGAAAAUAGUAAUCCAAGAAAGAGUAUACAAGAAAGUAUCGAAGAUAGAUCGAAGUAUUCAGCAACAAAUAACAGUAUCGGGACUAUUUUACAAAAAUACAGCAAAAUAUUAGUCAAACCUGAAACAUCUACACCAUCUUUUAACAAGAUUAAUAAGAAAGCUGACACCACAAGCGCUAAAACGAUUGAGCACACCAUACCCAAAUCCAGAAAACCGUUUAAAAUCACCGAUAUUAAUGGUGUAGAGAUGCCUUUAUCUCUCGAUAUAGCAAACACCAAUAAACCAGUUGUUAGUAGUCAGAUAGAACCUGUUGCAACAGCUAAAAGAAUCAAACUUGAAACUAAAGAAAAUAUAGAAUCGUAUAAACCAGAAGAUAUUAAUGUGACCCCUAAAACUAACUUCAAUAAUAAAACAGUUGACUACAAUAAAUCUUUCGAAUCACCUGUUUCGGUCCACAGCUUAAAAUUAGACUCAAUAGAAGAUAUUAAGAACGAAAAUAUAUUCAACCCAAAACAAGAAAUGAAAGACGAAAAUAAUCUGUGCGGUGGAGUCGGUGGACUGGAGUCCGGUUAA